AUGGGGCAGAAGCACGGCAAGCAUGCUGCAGAGCCCUCCCUGUCCCGAGAACUGAGCCGACAUCAGGUGGGAGAGCUGUCGGCGCUGUUCGAGAUCAUCCAGCGGCAGUUCCCGUCGGGCCGCCUGGACCGGGCCAACUUUGGGAAGGUGUUCGCUGCGGGCGACGACGCGUUCGCGCAGCGACUGUGGGAGGCCCUGGACCCGGGCGGCACGGGCUGCAUCGAUUUCCGUGACUACGUGCUCGGCGCCUCUGUCUUUUGCGUGGGCUCUAAGCAGGAGAAGCUUCAAUUCUUGUUCACUCUGUGCGAUCAGGACGGAGAUGGAUCCAUCAGCCUGAUGGAGUUCAACCAGAUGCGAUUCACGGUGUCGAGGUUUGCCAACACGUACCUCUCCGCGCUGGAGAACGCCAAGGAGGACCCCACGCUCGAGGAGCGAAUGCGGGCCGAGUUCGAGGCUGCGGACAUCAACCACGACAAGAAGCUCACGCUCCAGGAGUUCACCACGCUGUUCGAGAAGGGCGAACACGAAGGCAGCGGGGCGCUGCACGAUCUGAUCGAGUCCAUCGAGGAGCGGCUGCGACUGCUGUUCGUGCCCAAGCAGCUGCACAUCCGGUGCGCGCUGGUCGGGCCGGCCCAGUGCGGCAAGUCCACGGUGGUUGCCGAGCUCACCCAGGAGGAGGUCGGCAGCGUCUACCGCUACAAUAAGCACUACAAUCUGGAUGGAGUGCCCGUGCGGCUGGAGAUCAUAGACUCGGGCCAGAACAGGGCAUUUGCCUAUCCUGGCAUCGAUAUUGUGAUCAUUCUGUUCGCCAUGGACUCGCAUGAGUUCAACGUGUUGGACGAGAUCAGCCAGGAGAUUGCGCGCUACUGUCCGAAGGCGGUCAGGCUGUUCGGGCUCACGAAGCUGGACCUGCAGCAGGCCACCAACGAGAUCAAGUACAAGGCCAGGGACCUGACCGCCCAGUGCGCCAAGCGGCUGCAGGCGGCCCAGGCCUUCCAGAUAUCAUCGUCUGCCGCGGCCGCCAAGGGCAACCCCGACAUGGCCACGCCCGAGGAGCUGUUUGACUACGCUGUGUCGUGCGUCGUCCCGCCCUUCCUGCUGCGACCCCAGCACGUCCACAUCAGAUGCGGAAUGGCCGGGCCGCCCGGAGGCGGCAGAUCGACCAUGAUCGGCAAGCUGUUCGGCCUCGACGCCGUCACGUCUCACCACUAUCAGGGAGUGGUCGAGGCCGAGAGCAUCAAGGCCGAUCUGGAGGUGUUCGACUCAGAGGAGUACAACCGCGCGCUCUUCCUGGCGGACAUGCACGUUAUACUGCUCGUGCUCCCCGUCACCUACACCUCCUUCAAGGAAGUGGAGAAGAUCGCCAACGAGCUGCGCACGAUCUGCCCCGACGCGCCCAUCAUUCUCGUGGGGAGCAAGAUUGACCUGCGCGGCACCACCAAGUGCAUCUCGGCAGAGCGGGGCGAGGAGUGGCGCCAGAAGCUCAGGCUGUGGCACUACGCUGAGUGCUCGGCCGCUGCCGACCUCAACGUGCGCGGGGUGUUCGAGGAGGCCGUGCGCGCCGCCGUGCCCCUCUUCUCGCUCACCGACUCCGGGCCGCUGAGCCACGCCCACCGCCCGCUUCUGCUCACGGACACCCACGCCACAGCGCCACCGGCCGCGGUGCCAGCCCCGCAGCAGCAGCAGCAACCCAAGGCCAGUUCGCCGAGGAGGCUGACGACGAUGCGACCGCCGUCGCGCCCGGCGCCGGAGCGGCCGCUGCCGAUGGUGCCGCCCCCGACGGCGCCGGUCGAGCCGCUGUACGUGGCUCAGUACGACUACCUGGACGACCAGCGCGAGGGCGUACUCCACUUCGCGCGGUUCGCCGUGAUCACGCUCGUGGAUAAGGGCGACGACGGCUGGUGGCUCGGCAAGCUGCCCAACGGCCAGACCGGCUACUUCCCGGGCUCCUACGUGCUCCCCGUCACCACCUCUUGA